AUGGCUACUGAAACUACUACAACUCCAAUUGCUGCUGGUAAUAAAAGAGAGGAUAAACUGUUUAAAAGUCAUGCGUACAACUCGAAAAUUAAACAUUUUCGUCAUUCACAAGAACAUGAUCACGAAGAAGAAGGAGAAGAAGUACACGACGCACAACAGCACGAAGGCAAUCUAUACUCACGUCGGUAUCUUGCCAAUGAAGUAGAAGAAACACUAACAUCACCUGGAGGAAUUCGCCGUCCUCAUCAUCAACAACAUCAACAGCCAAAUGACGUUCAAGUAUUCCCCAUGUUGGCUACAAAUACUUAUAGUAGUAAUAAUAAUAGUCAUGUACCCAUAAAAAGUCGUACAAUCAUUGACACAGACAAUGAAGUUUUCGCAUCAAAAAUUUUUGAAAAGACGUCGACAAAUAUUGACAAAUACAAGGAUUAA